AACAUCUUUGAUAGUACCAGGUAGUGGCACGUGUGUUUGUUUAUUCUUAUUGUGUCUGUGUCACGGGUGCUGGUAGUAUGGGAACGGUGUGAGAAAUAACGUGUCAUGGAACUAAUAUUUUUAGGGACUGCGUCGUGUUAUCCAACAGCAGACAGAAGCGUUUCUUGUACCCUUUUACGGUUUGAAGAUGGCAGAAUCUGGAUGUUUGAUUGUGGAGAAGGAUCUCAAGUUCAGUUACAGAAGAGCUCAGCAAAGCCAGGACGUAUAGAGAAGAUAUUCAUAACUCAUCUUCAUGGAGAUCACUUGUUUGGUCUGCCCGGCCUGCUAUGCACUCUGUCGAACAACAUGAGUGAGAGCAAGAGUGAUUUCUUGCUGGAGAUUUUUGGCCCCCAUGGAUUGAGAAGAUAUGUAAGAGAAUGCUUAAGUCUGUCAAGAUCCAUGUUGAAUUUCAGCUAUGUGGUUCACGAGUUGAUGAUAGCUCAACAUCAAUAUCCUGACGAUUGGCACGACUGGAAAGUGGACAACGAUGACAACGGAUGUCUACACCCGCAGGAGAUCGGAGGUCGAAGUAUAGUGUGUGAUGAUAGUGGUGUGUGGGAAGUUUUCAGUGAGCAGAGCGCAACUGUGCUGGCGGGUGCAGCCUUGCACAGCAUCCCGUCAUUCGGAUUUGUGGUGACGGAAGCGGACAGCCCCGGACGGCUCGACGUCGAGAAGCUGAAGCAACUCGGUGUGCCCCCUGGGCCCCUCUACGGCAGGAUCAAGGCAGGCCACAGUGUCGAAAUAAAUGGAAACACUAUAGAACCGUCAAGUGUAUUGGGACCGAAGAAAAAGGGUCGUAAGGUAACCAUUGUUGGGGACACCUGUGAUGCUUCCAGGAUGAAGAAGAUUUCUCAAAAUAGUGAUGUCAUAGUACACGAGGCGACGCUGGAAGAGGCUCUCAGGGACAAAGCCCUAGAAAAUGGCCACUCCACCCCUGCAAUGGCUGCCCAGUUUGCAAAGGAUAUCGGAGCCAGAGUCCUCAUACUGUACCAUUACAGCCAGCGAUACCGGCAGACUGCAGAUGAUGGUGAAGGGGAUAUGGACAGCGUAGCUAAGCUGUUAGCAGAAGCCGAGGCCGCCUUGUCGGACUGCGAUUCCUGUUCGGUUGUAGCUUCAGGGGACCUCAUGGAGAUUCCUGUCAAAAGGCGAGAAUAGCUGCGAACUGUACAUCUGUCUCUUUAUCCUUUGCCAGGCAGGAAGUGUGCGUGUAUUUGUAAUCAGAACUGUUGUUUUUACUAUUUGUUCAAUAGCUUUUAUGAAAUUUGACUUUGUGGCCUGAUGGUGUAAUGCAGUGUAUCGGAACUAUUGAGAUUUCAAUAUAUAGAUUCAGAAAAAAAUUGUUCUUUAUACCCUUGCCACUUCCUCAUUACUAGUUCCAGCAGACUGCCAGAUGUCUAAAUGUCUAUGGAAUAUAAAGUGCCACAAUGAAUCUCUGAGGAGUGUGUGCUGUAUUGAAACUUCUCAGAAGAUUAAAACCUGUGCGGUGAAUCGAGACUCGGACUUGGGAUCUUGCCUUUCACAGGCAGUGCUGUUAUUGUCUGAGCUACCUGGACACAGCUCACGAUCUGCCCUUACAGCUCUGCUACUACCGGUGAGUUGCAGUCAGGUAGCUUAGUCUGUAAGAGCAUUGCACGUUAAGGGUGAGGUCCUGGGUUUGAGUCUCAAUCCUCUCAAUCCAGUGCACAGUUUUAAUUUGCCAAGACAUUGCAUCGUGUGCUGUCAGAAUACUGAUAUCAGUUAUUGUAAAUCUGUACUUAUUUAAAUAUGAUUAUUUCAUUUCAUUUUACUUUUUUAAAUAGCAGUGAAGUGUUGACCCACUAUAUGAAGUUCAGAACUUGUAACAGGUGUCCUCUCACUGAAUGCCUAAAUUUGAUAAGACAGAUUGAAGACAUUGAAAGUGCCAAAUU